AUGGAGGACUGCCUUCACACCUCCUCUGAAAACCUCUCCAAGCUGGUGAGCUGGGCCCACAGCCACGGGACCAUCUGCAGCCUCAUCCCCAACCUCAAGCACCUGCUCUCUGAGGGGGCCCAUGGCAACUUGACGGCCAUGUGGGGCUGUAGUGCUGGCCAUGCUUACCACUGGCCACUGGCUGCCACUUGCCGUGCUGGCUCCCAGGAGCGCGUCUGCUUCCAGGACAGCCGCAGCUUCAACUCAGACAGUCCCAGCAUGCUAGGGGUACCCUCAGAGGCACAAGCCAGCCCUCUAGAGCGCUACCCAGGCCGGCCAGGGAAGGCCAAGUUGGAUUGCACCCGCACUCGUGACUCUUGUGACUUCUCCUACUGUAGUGAGCCGUCGGAGCUGGGCGAGCCCAUGGAGGAGUAUGAAGAUGAGGCUACCCUCUUUGACAUGGUCUGUGAGUCAUCUGUCACUGAUGAUGACAGCGACUUCGAGCCACAUCCCCACCGGGCCCCUGCUGGCCUCCGCAAGCGGCCAACUGCUGGACUGCCUGCCACUGCCCAGGCCCAGCCUGCUGACGAGGGUGGUGGUGAGGUUCUCCUCAAGAAGAUUAAGCAGGAGCUCCCUGAGGACUACUACAUUGUGGCCAAUGCUGAGCUGACAGCUGGUGCUGACGGGCCGGCUUUGGCCCUGACGCAGAUGUCCAAGCCCAAGCCGCAGGCCCAGGCUGGGUCAUCCUGCCUGGGCCCUGCCCGGCCCUUGCCCCAGCCCGCCACAGGUCUCGACCCUGACCCACAGUGUCUCUCUGCUUCCUCACCCAGCCAGCCCCGGCUGGCCACGCAGAGGCCUCCCCGGGGCCCCCUGGCCUCCCCAGCACGGGGGGCAGGCGGUGGCCCUGUGUCUGCUGUGCAGGUGCCAGCCACCAGCUCCAAUGCUGCCACGGGGAAGCCCAUCAGCAUCCCCCUCUCAGCCCUGCAGCUGCCUGGUCAGGAGGAGCCACCGGCCACUGAGGAGACCCUCCCACCUGGCCCACAGCUGGCCUCAGGUGCUGAAGCGGCCAGCUCACCCUCAGUGAGCACUGAGCCCGAAGUCAGCUCCAGCCAGCAGCAGCCCCACGCCAUUGCCGCCGCCACUCCUGAGGCAGCAGCACAGUCAAUGCCAGCGUACUCAGCUAGGCUCAACGUGUUUCCCAACUUUAAUUUUGGCGAUGAUCUCAAAUUUCCGUGUAUCAGUGCUGUGAGCCCCAACACCACCAAGGUCAUCCUCUGUGCUCUCAAUGUCUGGAGGUACUGGUGCAUGAUCAAAGGACUCUGA